AUGAAAUCCCUCCACGACGCCUUUCUCGCUCGGGAUCCUGGCCUCGUCAGACCCUCCCAGUGCCUAUUCUUGACUUCCACUGGCGUCAUAAGGAAUAAUCCUGCAGCUUUACUGGCUUUAUGUUGGUAUUGGGCCACAGGUGGUGUAGGAUCAAAAGAUAUGGUUAUCCUUCCGUAUAAGGACAGCUUGUUAUUAUUUAGUAGAUACUUGCAGCAGUUGGUCAUGGAAUCUCUUGGCAAGGAGUUUGACUUGGAUGGUAAUCGGGUUAACCAAGGAAUUACUGUCUACGGAAAUAAAGGAAGCACAGAUCAGCAUGCCUACAUUCAGCAACUGAGGGAAGGUGUACACAAUUUUUUUGUGACAUUCAUUGAGGUGCUACGUGAUAGACCACCUGGUCAUGAUUGGGAGCUUGAACCAGGUGUCACAUGCGGUGACUACCUGUUUGGUAUGCUACAGGGAACAAGGUCAGCCCUGUAUGCCAAUAACCGUGAAUCCCUCACAGUUACGGUGCAAGAAGUGAACCCCAGAUCAGUUGGCGCCCUAAUAGCUCUUUAUGAACGGGCAGUUGGAAUAUAUGCCUCGCUUGUUAACAUAAAUGCUUAUCACCAACCUGGUGUGGAAGCUGGUAAGAAAGCCGCAGGAGAAGUAUUAGCUCUUCAGAAGCGGGUAUUGGCGGUGCUAAAUGAAGCAAGCUGCAAGCAGCCUGUUGAACCAUUAACACUUGAAGAAGUAGCUGACCGUUGCCAUGCCCCAGAAGAUAUUGAAAUGAUUUACAAGAUCAUUGCUCAUAUGGCUGCCAACGACAGAGCAUUAAUUGCUGAAGGUAACUGUGGUUCUCCGCGGAGCAUUAAGGUUUUUCUUGGGGAGUGUAAUCUUGAUGAACUCUACCCUUGA